GAGGCUGUAGUCGACGCCCCGGGGCCCUGGGGGGCCGUGGCCCUGGGGCUGGCGACCUUCCUGCUGGGCUUCCUCCUGGGCUGGUUAGUUAAGCCCGUUGAAGACACCGCCACAUCCUCCUAUCAAAACCUAAGGUGGAAUCUGAUGUCUGAAAUGAAGGCUGAAAACAUUAAGCACUUUCUACGUUCCUUUACGAAGUUCCCUCACCUGGCAGGAACAGCACAGAAUUUGCGACUUGCAAGGCAAAUCCAAGCCCAGUGGAAGGAAUUUGGCCUGGACUCGGCCAAGUUGGUCAACUAUGAUGUCCUCCUGUCCUUUCCCAACAAGAGCAACCCCAAUUACAUUUCAGUCGUGGAGGAGCACGGGGCUGAGAUUUUUAACACCUCGUUCCUUGAACUGCCUCCAGAAGGAUACGAAAACGUUUCUGAGUUGGUGCCUCCAUAUAAUGCUUUCUCCGCCCAAGGCACGCCUGAGGGAGAUCUCAUAUAUGUGAACUACGCUCGGACUGAGGACUUUUUCAAACUAGAGCGGGAGAUGAAUAUCAACUGCACCAGCAAGAUCGUUAUUGCUCGAUAUGGAAAAAUCUUCAGAGGGAACAAAGUGAAAAACGCCAUGCAGGCUGGAGCCUUGGGGCUCAUCCUGUUCUCAGACCCGGCUGACUACAGCGCGCCUGGUGUGGAGCCCUACCCGAAGGGCUGGAACCUCCCCGGAGAUGCCGCCCAAAGAGGGAAUGUACUGAAUCUCAACGGAGCCGGUGACCCCCUCACGCCAGGGUAUCCCGCCAAAGAAUACACCUUCAGGCACGAGGCCGGCGAGGGUGUCGGAAUCCCCAAAAUUCCUGUUCAUCCCAUCGGAUUUCACGAUGCAGAAAAGUUAUUACGCAACAUGGGAGGGCCUCCUCCACCGGACAAUGGCUGGAAGGGAAACCUGAAUGUGUCCUAUAACAUUGGGCCUGGCUUUGUGGGUGAAGAUUCUUCUCGAAAGGUGAGAAUGCAUGUCCACAGCAACAAUAAGAUAACCAGGAUUUACAAUGUGAUUGGAACCAUCAGAGGUGCAGUGGAACCCGACAGGUACGUUAUUCUGGGAGGUCACCGAGAUUCCUGGGUAUUUGGUGGCAUCGACCCGACCACCGGAACAGCCGUUCUCCAAGAGAUCGCCCGGAGCUUUGGAAAAAUGGUACAAGGAGGCUGGAGGCCUAAGCGGACUAUUAUCUUUGCUAGUUGGGAUGCAGAAGAAUUUGGACUCCUGGGUUCCACAGAGUGGGCUGAGGAGAAUGCCAGAAUCCUGCAGGAGCGAAGCGUUGCUUACAUUAAUUCAGAUUCAUCCAUAGAAGGCAAUUACACUCUGCGAGUCGACUGCACCCCCCUUCUUUACCGGCUGGUGUAUCAGCUGACCAAAGAGGUGCCCAGUCCUGAUGAUGGCUAUGAAGGCAAGUCCCUUUAUGAGACCUGGCUGCAAAGGGAUCCGUCUCCCGAGGGGGAGGAAGUGCCCAGAAUCAACAAGCUGGGAUCUGGAAGCGAUUUUGAAGCUUAUUUCCAGAGGCUGGGAAUUGCUUCCGGUAGAGUCCGUUAUACCAAGAAUCGGAAGACCGACAAGUUCAGCAGCUAUCCGGUCUAUCACACCAUCUACGAGACGUUCGAGGUCGUAGAGCAGUUUUACGAUCCCACAUUUGCGAAGCAGCUCGCCGUCGCCCAAGUACGGGGCGGGCUAGUGUAUGAACUGGCAGACUCGAGAGUGAUCCCUUUCGACUGUCAAGACUACGCGGGCGCUUUAGAAAACUACGCCUCCGGGAUCUACAAUCUGUCCAAGAAACAUGAGCAACAAGUUAAGGAGUAUGGAGUGUCGUUUGACCCCCUGUUUUCUGCCGUGAGAAACUUCUCGCAGGCUGCCACGGAUUUUCACCGAAGAUUGGCACAGAUAGAUUUUAAUGACGCCCUGGCAGUGAGGAUCGUCAAUGACCAGUUGAUGUUGGUGGAAAGAGCUUUCAUCGAUCCCCUCGGUUUACCUGGGAGGCCAUUCUACCGGCACGUGGUGUUCGCUCCGAGCAGCCACAAUAAGUACGCAGGGGAGUCGUUCCCGGGGAUCUUCGACGCCCUGUUUGAUAUUGGAAACCACGCCGACCCCCCGAAGGCCUGGGCCGAAGUCAAGAGGCAGAUCUCCAUCGCGGCCUUCACAGUCCAGGCAGCUGCGGGAACCCUGAUGGAGGUGGCAUAGGGAGGGGCCCACAGGUGCCAGCGAUAAGGAUGCUUUCGGACG